AUUAUAAUAUGACACUUUGAGCCAUUUACCUUACAAAGUUGAUAGCUUUGCUACCAUUGUCUUGCAGCUUUGACAAAGCAAACUUCCACACAAAAAGUCCAUGGGUUCACACAUGGGGUUGGACUUUCUUCCAACAUUUGCUACCAUUGUCUUGCAGCUUUGCUACCAUUGUCUUGCAGCUUUGACACCACAGCUCCAACAAACAAAACAGAUCAGAGUUGCAAAACAAAAUAACCGGGGACGGAAGGUAACGUGAUUCUCUAGCAAAAUGGCAGAUGCACUUGUUUCUGCAGUCUUGGAGCAGCUAACAACAAUCAUCUUGGAGGAAGCAAGGCGAAAGGUGAGGCUAAUAAAGGGUGCACAGGAGGAAAUUGACAAGAUGAAAAGCAAUCUCAAGUCUGUCCGUGCUCUCCUUGAUGAUGCAGAGGAAAGGGGGAAGAGGGACAAAAGUAUCAAACUUUGGUUACAUCGACUCAAAGAAGCAUCUCUUGACAUUGAGGACGUGUUGGAUGAGUGGAAUACUGCACUUUUGAAGUGGAAAAUGAAUGAAGCUCAAAAUGCUGUGUCUGUCCUCCAGAAAAAGGUGUGUCAUUUUAUCUCUCGUUUUUGCUUUCGACGAGUUGUUAAGCUCCAUGGUGUUGCUGUGCAAAUAAAAGAAAUCAAUGGAAGAUUAGAUGAGAUUGCUAAACAGAAAGAUAGGUAUAGUUUUGUGUCGAGGGAAACUAGACAGCCUCAAAUUCAACCAGAAAGAGAAACCACAUCUUUCGUUGAUGGUUCUGCCAUCCAUGGACGAGAUGAGGUAAAGAAAAGGAUAAUUAGCCACUUGCUAUGUGGAAGCAGUGAAGAGUCUAGUGACUUCCACCUCCAGACCAUCUCUAUAGUAGGGAUGGGAGGUAUUGGCAAGACAGCUCUUGCGCAAAUCCUCUACAAUGACGAUCAAAUUAAGGCACACUUUGACAAGAGGGUUUGGGUGUGUGUCUCUGAUCUCUUUCAUGAGGCCAGAGUUGCAAGAGCAAUCAUCAUUGAACUUGAAGGUCUGAAUCAUACUGCGGUGUUUCUCUUAAACUCACUACCACUUCAGAGCCUCUUAAAAAGAAUUUGUGAUUCCUUAGGAGGAAAGAAAUUCUUUCUGGUUUUAGAUGAUGUGUGGACAGAGGACGGUAAUAGUUGGGAUUCACUGAAACAGACUUUUAAACAUGGAGCUCCUGGAAGUAGGAUUUUGGUGACUACUCGCAAGGAUACAGUUGUAGAGAUGAUGGAAUCCUCCCAUGUCUUCCGUCUAGAAGAGCUAUCUCAAGAGGUGUGUUGGUCCAUACUUAGCCAAAUAGCAUUCAUCAAUAGGGACAAGAAACAAUGUUCAGAUUUGAAUGACAUUGGGUGGAAGAUUGCCGAGAAGUGUAAAGGACUGCCACUUGCUGCAAAGACCUUAGGGAGUUUGUUGCGGUAUAAAAGAACAAGAGAAGAGUGGAGAGAUGUUCUAGACAAUGAAAUAUGGACAUUAGAAAUGGAUUUUGAAAUAUGGAGGUGGAAUGUAAUCCAACAUUGGAUGGCUCAAGGUUAUCUGAAUUCUAGUAGAAAUGUAGAGAUGGAAUUAGUGGGCAGAGAGUAUUUUGAUUAUUUGGCAGCUCGCUCCUUCUUCCAAGAUUUUGGAAGACUUGAAGAUGGUAGCAUAUUUAAAUAUUCUCCUUCUCUAGCACCCCUCUAUAGACUACCCCGCAUCCUCCCUGACCCAGCUUCCGCUUUUGGUCAAAGUUGUUCGUUGCCAUCUUCAAAUCCCGAAAGUGGAACUCCCUGGGCAUUCCCGACAGGCUCUUCAGUGUGCCCAAUAUACUGAAAUUAUUGGCAAAAGCAAUUCUACAAAAUUAAGAAGAUACAGAAAUUAUUCAGAAUUAAAGCAAGAGGCAGUAAUUUUGUGCAUCAACCAACCUUAAUAAAUAUGAAAAAGUAUA